CCUCACUUUUAUUCUCUUUUACUUUCCCUUCUCUGCCGCAACAACCCUAAACCACAAACACAGUUCAUUCCCUUGGUGAUGUCUCAACCGAUGCGUGACCAAGUUCCAUACGACGUCGUCAACGACAUCUUCGGUCGGCUACCUGUGAAAUCCUUGACCCGAUUCAGGUCCGUUUCCAAAACUUGUAACUCCAUCAUCUCCGACCCCACUUUCGUUUCCACACUCUUCAACCUCACCCUCACCAAAUCGCUAAUAUCCACCAACACUCACGGUGGUUAUUUGCUAUACACUCCAACAGUAACAGCGGAUCAUUCAUCUUCCACUUCCAAACAAUUGUGUACUGUUGUUUGCAACAACGACCGCACUUUGACCCAGGUUUCUAAAUUUGAUAUCCCAUCGUUUCCUGACAAGUUCAGCAUAGUUGGCUUCUAUAACAGCGUGUUCUGCUUAGCUAGUUAUGACCAAGAUCAUUAUCACAUAAUCUAUUUGUGGAACCCAAGUAUUAGAAAGUUUAAGAAGCUUCGAUCUACUCGCUUUCUUUACAGUGCUGUUAGAGUUGUUUUUGGAUUUGCUUUUGACCCUAAAAACAAUGACUUCAAGGUUUUAAAACUUGUAACUUUUCGGGAGAAAAAGCCACUGGCCGAGGCAGAGAUAUACACUUUGAGCACGGAUUCAUGGAGAAAAGAUAUAAUAACAAUGGAGUCCUUAAGAGGGAAUGAACCCAAUUUUGGAUCUAUUGUUUCUGUUCUGCCACCCUCUGUAUUUUGUAAUGGAGCUUUGCACUUUAUAGCAAAUACUUGUCGCCACCGUUUCAUUUUGUCCUUUGACGUCCAUGAUGAGACUUUCCAUGAGAUGAUGUUGCCUCUGCCUCUGCGUGAGCGUCAAAAUUAUUCACCCUCUUUUCAACUAGCGGUAUUCAAGGGAUUGCUGGCCGUUCUUUUUUUCUCUCAUGGUGUUGGUUGCCUAUUCCACUUCUGGGUUAUGGAGAAGUAUGGUGUCGUUGGUUCUUGGACUAGAAAAUGUUUGAUUCCAGCGGAUUCGCCUCAUGAGUUCUAUUGCAGCACUGAUAAUGGUGAGCUUCUAUUCAAGAGUGCCAAUGGGAUGGUUUCAAUUAACCCGCCUGAGAGUCUAAAUUGGAGCCUUCUUGCGAUUGAAGAUGCUAAUUGGGUGGGUUUCUCAGCUAAUUCUAUGGAGAGCUUGGUUUUACAUGAUUAAGGUGAGCAAAUGUGAAAAAUAACUUUAGCUAUUAUAUCACUUUUAUCGUUGAAAGCUUCAGUUUUUCCAUCAUCAUUGUGAAAAUUAUCUUAGCUAUUAUAGUAUAAUUUAUGUAUAAGCCUAUCUGUUUAGGAAACUAGAUACUUUUGAUGUAAAAAACUAAGGUUGUGAUUGUUUCCCUCCUUGAGUUUAAGAAAUUUCUCAAUAUGAAUGGGUGAAGUUAGCUAAAUUACAUUUGACAGUUGA